GGUCACUGUCAUACAAAAUUCUAGUACAAAAAUACGAAAGCGUCACACGUUGCCUUGUCUAAUUUUAUCAAAAUAAGCAAUAAAAUGAAACCUGUACUUGAUAUUGAUUCGUUAAGAUCAGAACACGAGUCUGACGAGCAAUGGGAAGUGAGGAAAAACUUCAUGGAGGAACACAAAGGGGACUUUGAAGAAGGCGAACUUAUUACGUUGGCGCAGUUGUUUACAAAUAUCGAGUUUUUGGGUUGUCGAUACCCACCAGCAACAAUGCAAAGAAUAGCAAAAUUAUCAGAAAAAGUUUCAGCUAAAUACAGAGAAAGCAGAAAGAAUAAACUGAAGAGGACCUUCGUACAAGCCAGUGACGCCGCCGAGCAGAAAGCUAAAAGGAGUUUCACUAAAUAGUUGUGUUAGGUACUUGUGGGGUGGUUAUGUUGUCAUGGUGCAUAGGAAAGUUGUAACUGACAAACUGAAAUCCAUUUUUUGUAAAAAAGGAGAAUGAUUGAGGACAACUCCAUUGAGCCUUAAUCUAGUAUAAUAUGAUAAUUGAAAAAAAAAAAUAGUAAAAAAAUCUAUAAACCCAUGUUUUUAAAUGUCACUCCAUUAAAAUUUAAUAAAAAUCAGUUGAGCAGGGUUUUACAAUUGUAAAUUGCAUUGUCAUCAGGUUUGAAGCUACCCUAAAAAUUCCAGCUAGCUUAUUGGGUAGUGCCUCAAAAUGAAGUUACAAAAAUGUGAUUGCAAAAACAAGCAAACAAGAAAAGCAAGUUUAUAAAAACAUGGGAAAAUAGGUCUGUAAUCAUCCCACAGCUGGGCAAAGGCUUGCUUUCAGUGUGACCAUAGAUAAAUGUACGUUUGCUAAAUACAACACUAGAUAGACAAUUUUAUGUGACAAAUUGGUUUUUAUAGGCAAAUGACUGACAAGAGGAAUUAUAUUUAAUGUUAUAAGGAAUCUGUUGCUGCUGAUCUUUCAAUAAAAAUAUAUUAAGUUGAUUA